CGUAAAUAUGCGAAAGAAGCCGAGCUGAAACGAAGCCGUCCGGAACAUCCGGCUGCAGCUUCUCAACAUAAACAGCAAUGGCGGAGGCAGCAGCAGCGUCUACGGCGGCUAUCCCAGUAACAGGAGGUUGGACCAAACACGUAACCUGCAGAUAUUUCAUGCAUGGUCUUUGCAAAGAAGGAGACAACUGUCGAUAUUCACACGAUCUGACCAGCAGCCAACCUGCAACCAUGAUUUGCAAGUUCUUCCAGAAGGGAAACUGUGUGUUUGGAGACCGUUGCAGGUUUGAACACUGUAAACCGGCAAAGAACGAGGAGCUGCCGACCCCCCAGACGCUGCCGCUGCCCUCUGUCUUGCUGGCCGCCUCGUCAGAUCCAGAACCCAGUGGGCCAACACCUGGUUCAGGGGCACAAGAUUGGGUCAACGCUGCGGAGUUUGUUCCGGGACAGCCGUACUGUGGACGGGCUGAGCCAGUGAAGGGGGAGAGCUCUGUCCCUCUCAUUGAGGAGUUUGACAGCGAGGCAUCACAGGACAACAAAGAGUUGAGAAAGCAGCUCUGUCCAUACGCAGCUGUUGGAGAGUGCCGCUAUGGAAUCAACUGUGCCUAUCUCCACGGCGACGUGUGUGACAUGUGCGGUCUCCAGGUGCUCCACCCCACUGACAACACCCAGCGCUCGGAGCACACCAAGGCAUGCAUCGAGGCCCAUGAGAAAGACAUGGAGAUUUCAUUUGCCAUCCAACGCAGCAAAGACAUGAUGUGUGGUGUGUGUAUGGAGGUGGUGUUCGAGAAGGCCAAUCCAAGCGAGCGCCGUUUUGGCAUCCUCUCCAACUGCUGCCACUGCUACUGUCUAAAGUGCAUUCGCAAGUGGAGGAGUGCCAAGCAGUUUGAGAGCAAAAUCAUCAAGUCUUGUCCAGAGUGUCGAAUUACAUCCAACUUUGUCAUCCCAAGCGAGUACUGGGUGGAGGAUAAAGAGGACAAGCAGAAACUCAUCCAGAAAUACAAGGAUGGCAUGGGGACAAAACCGUGUCGAUACUUUGACCAGGGUCGUGGAACGUGUCCUUUUGGCUCAAAUUGCUUCUACAAGCACGCCUUUCCUGAUGGUCGGCUGGAGGAAGCUCAGCCUCAGCGAAGACAGACUGGAUCCAACAGCAGGAAUCGGAGCUCCAGGCGAACACAGCUGUGGGACAUCUUUGACGAGAGGGAAAGCAGCGACUCGUUUGACAACGAGGACGAGGAGAUGGUGACGUUUGAGCUGAGCGAGAUGCUCCUGAUGCUGCUGGCUGCGGGAACCGACGACGAGGUGACAGACUCGGAGGACGAGUGGGACUUGUUUCAUGAGGAGAUGGACGAUUUCUAUGAGAUUUACCUAUAGCAAACCCCCCCCCCCCCUUCCCUUUCUCCCGUGUAUACUACACACUAGAAUGACUGUCUUGUGCGAGUGAUGGACAGUAGCUCCCCCUGCCCCCACCCGCACUCCCCUUGUAUUGUGGCAGUGCCUUUAAGCAGGCCAUUAAUAAAUGAAUUUAUAAAAGGAAAAAAAGACAAAAAAAAUUCUAGUACAAGUCUGUGCGCUCGUGCUAAACAUUUUCUAGACUUCUAUCCUUGUGGGUCUUUCUUGUGCGGUUCAUGUUAAAAAGGAAAAACAGUAAAAUGACAAAAAGAACUCAAUAUAAGAUUUAACUACAAAAUUAUAACUUUCUUCAAAUAAUGCUAAUAAACAUUGUCAGGUUUAUUUGUGGGUGUGGGUUUGACUUGUUUAUCGUCCACCCAGGUGUUAAUACGUACUUCUGAGACUCUGAGGAUGCACUCGAACUUACUCCGCACCAUUUACUGUAAUCGUGAUGGGCACAUUGUAAGAUUUUACUUCAUCUUUUUUUUUUUCUUUAUUAAAGCUGCUGAUGGCCAAUAUAUUGUGCUGAUCUUUAAAUACAUUUACCAUAAUCAUUUUCACGUUGUACUGAAAAGUAUUCACUGUGGCCACUUUUUUCCUGGACUGAAACAGGUCUUUGAUGAAGCAUUCAGAUCAUUAUGGGACACGGACUGAUCAAAGCCCAAACAAUGAAAGGUUUGUGGCUGAUUUUUAAAACGGGAAGACCACUAGCCCUGAUCCUCAACAGCUAUCUUCUUAACUCAGUCAUUUCAGUGACCAAGCAGCUCAUACAACUUGUUCCGCAAUAAAUGUAAAAAAAAACAAAAAGGUUUACAAAAGGCCAAUCUGCAACAAUAUGGUUUGAACUGAAAAUGAUCGGUCAUACUGAUUUGAUCCCAGAGAGUGUUGCUCAGUGCUGCCACUGGUGGCUGGCAGCCAUAUUACAGCUAUACUACUGAACACAAUGGUACUCCCCUUUCCGCAUCUUCCAGCUACCAGUGGCAGCACGGAGCCCAUCACAGUUUUCAGUAACACAUGUUCUUGGCCUUACAUGUUGUAUUCCAGGUCUGGGAUCAGAGCUAGGGGAAAGCAUCCUGAGUGAGCCCCCCCUCCCUGUCUCUCACAUACAGAGACACCCAUCGCCUAUUAAAGUAGGCUGGGGAAAAUUCUGCCUUUAAAUGAAGAAUGGAUUUAUUGUGCAAUUAAUAUGAAAUGUUACGUCAGGUUUUCUAGAUACUUUUGCUUUUCUGUUCUAGAACUACAUGUGGUCCAAUUGGCUCCAUAUGUCAGGAUGACUGCUUUGUCAGUCAGAGGCAAAAUAAAGAACUUUAUUUAAACCCCCCCCCCCCCCAAGCCCCCAUCCUGGAUCUCAGCAUCUGGAACACCUGUGGUUAUAGAGUCCACCCAAGAACUCCUCAGCAGACUUGCAGUGCAGAGAAUCAUGGAGCUGAGACGGGCUUUACAUUGACUCCGAUCCAGUGUGAAGUGUAGGUUCACCGCACUCGUUGGCUUCCCUGAGUAAUGCUUUGCUGCCGAGACAACCUGUUAAACUCCGUUGGAAUGCAUAUGUUUAUACUGAAAUGUGUGUUUUCUAUGUUCCACAGCCAUCCAUCUUAACUUGAAAUUAAAAGUUUAUUAUUAACCU